UCUUUUGUUGGUUAGACAGAGUCACUAGCAAGCUCUCAUAAUUUAGAUAUAAAGCAGAUCAAUAGCUGGACGUAAAAAAGGAAUGAUUUCCAGCUUUAAGAAACACUUGUUCUCCUCGUUUGUCGUGACAUUAAACAAUUAAUGUAGUGCGAUAAAGUGGCACAUUUAGUAGCUGUUUACAAAUCGUACAAAAUUUGUCUUUGUUUAAAAAUUCUAAACAUAUUUGAUAUGUAAACGUGGAUUAUUUUAUGACUAGAGACAUUCCAUAUUGAUAGUAUUAUUUAAAUCAUUUUAUUUACGUAUUCAGUUACGACCAAGAACAUGUGGACUUAAUUAUGGUAUAUAAAUUGUGCACGCAAAAUGUACAAUUGUUAACAUCGACUAAAUUAUUGAACAUUUUUUGAAUAUAUUUAGAAAUAAUCAUCUUACUCUGUCGGUGAGAUAUUUCGAGUGUAAAAUAUAGCAUCUAAACAGAUGAUCGAAAUAGAUUACUUACAUACCUGUAAUUAGUGCGAUAUACUGCUGAUAGCACGCAGUAUAUUCAUUGUUAUUUUAAAAACAGCAAAUUGGAUACGAACACAGUUGAGUGAAGAACUAUUCUUGACAUUUGGUGAUCGGUACUAAAAAAAGCUCUAGUCAUAACCAUUUCUAAAGGUCUAGUUGUUAAGCCGUGCUUCAAAUUGUUUAGAAAAAUGAAAAUAAAAUAUAUCCCUCUGGAUGCAUUUUCAACAUAAACGAAGUAUUUAUCAGCACAUUAACAGUUCAUUAACAAUUAAGCGUGAAUGUAACCGGGUUUGCUAAAAGCGUUCUACAGAGAAAAAAAAUGGAUAUUAAAUCAGUGAUUAAAACAAGGACGGAUGAUACUUUCAAAGGUUUACAUAUAUCAUAUGAUAAUAUAGAGAAAAUGUCAGACAAACGAAUAAAACCGACAAUUCAGAGAUGUGCAACUAUUGAUUCAGUCACUAUAGAGGGUCCGGAACUACCCAACACCGAUGCUUACUGUGUAGGAAAAAUAAGAAAGUCGGUUUCCAUGGAUUCCGGAGAGGCAGAAGUUGUCAAAAAGUCUUUGACUGCAUCCACUGGAUCGUUAAUACGCCGUUCUGUUCGGAGACGAACUAGCAAACGUUUAGGUAGACCAGAACCAGAAUUCGGACAUGAUACGGUAACGUACGAGAAAAUUCAAGAACGGGUAUUACAAGAACGUGCAGUGACAAACGCUAUAGACGCUUUACAGGAACGCUGGAGAAUGUUAAUGUUUAUGUAUGACGACUGUGUUGCACUGAAUGAGAAAAGAAAAGAACGAAAAUUGAGAAAACUCUGUGUACGAAGACAAUUCGAACUACUAACAAUUGUAAUCGUGUUCUUGCUAAUAUGUUUACCGAUAAUACUGGUCUUGGUUCUAAUAACUAGAUAACUUACUAUACUGUAUACAACUGUAUAAAAGUCUUCUGCUUUUAUGCUUCUACUAGCUCUAACUUUGCUGACUGUAUUUAUUCAGCAAUAUAUUUUUUUUUGCAAAUAUUGUUCUAGCAGAAUGAUGUUAAUGGAAAUAUGAUUUGACGCAGAUACGUAGCCUCUUUAGUUCAAACUGUCUCUUAAAUAAAUUGUCAGCCUGUUGAUGUUUAAAACAUCUAUACGUAAAUGCAAUAUGCACAUGAGACUGUCAAUAUAAACAGCUAUAAUUUUUUAAUCAGUUUACAUUUAUUGAUAUUGGUACUUGAUGAACACAUUUCUAUUACUUUUAAUAAAUCUUUUUACCUCCCUUUAAUGGAUCUGACUUCCUAAGGUCGUUCAAUGACUUUCUGUUUGCGUUAAUCAUCAACAUUUCCUAAAAUUUCUCUAUUGAUAAUUGCUUAUUUUUAUACAAUUUUGUAAAAAGUUGUUUUUUUUAUCCCACAUCAUUUAUGCGCUAAAUUUACAUUUGAUUUUAUAUCAAAAUGUCUACGUUAUCUAGAUACACAGUCGUUGCUAUUCAUUCAUGAAAUCUCGGCAUAAUUGAAGCCAUCUAUUGAUUAUCACGAUUCCUAUUCAAUCCAUUUAAACUUUGACAAGGCAUGCAGUCAUUUGAAUGAUUCAAUUAUUUUAAAUUAAACUGGAUUAACCCUGCUGCUAUUGAUUUCGAACCACGAAUUGUGCGAUGUGCUCUAGUUUUGUAGAGAUAUUAUUACAUUUCAGACGUUCUGUAAUCCACGACUGCCCGGUGAUAUGUUUUACGAACAUACAAAAGUGCAAUAUACGGAAGUCAUAACAUUUAAAUUUUACUGAAAGUUCAUCGCUUAUGUUGAUAUCUAAACACAAAAUAUGUACAUUCCCUGGACAGAUUCUCGCAACAAAAUAUCAACAACGACAUAAUGUCCAAUAUACUUGUAUAACAUAUAUUUAAACAUCUGUAUUGUUUAACGUUGUUAACGGAAAGAUGAUAGAUGGACAACGUUACAAUAAUUACAAAUGCGGUGAUUGUUCCUUGGCAGCAAUAGUUUACAUUGACUUAGUUAUUGGAUAGAUGGCAAAAUUUAUUCUAACUUGAACAGUUAUUGCCUAAUUAUACAGCCAAAAUAACUAGAUAUAUACUCUAUGAAAAGUGUAAAGACAUAACCUUUCCUCGUUUACACUCUUUACAACAUGAAAUGUAUAACUAUUUUCUACAGAUUUUCUACUUAGUUCUGCUUCGAUGUUAUUGAAAUAGUCGUGCAUAUUCUUAUAUUAGUUAGAGGCAAUGCUUGUAUCUUUUUACAGAUUUUAUUGUCUAUCUGUUUGUUUCUCUUCAAUAUCAAUACGCCGUUUUACCAAAUAAAAGAGACAAAAUGAAA